AUGUCUUUGGAGUCAAAGUUAUUGGAUGGAAAGGCGGCGGGAUAUUGUAGCAGUUCUGAAGACGAAGCAGAUUUCACUGUGGUCAAGGAUGAAGAUGAUCACCAGGUUUUCUCAUCCUUAGAAGUUAUUCAAGUUCAUCUUUAAUGGGUUUAGGCUAACGUUAUGCGUAAAUUUGGACCCAGCGUCAACACUGGAGCUAAAGGCGUCCUCAGCGAUUUUCGAGAGUUCCGAGAGGAAACUAAACGGUUCAUUUUCCAAAAGAUUUGACAUUUCGAUAAGUUUUCGUGAACUUAUCAAUUCCAGCGCUGCAGAGCAACGUAACAGGAACAUUAUGAAACAAGCGCAGAAAGGAAUGUUUGUGGGUAGCAAAGAAGAGCGUGAAAAAGUUUGAUUUCAUAUCGGUUUCUAUUUUAUUCAAAACCUUUCAGGCUCAAAAAGAAGUAGAAGAAGAAGGAGAGGAAUCUUUGGAUGCUUUGCGGGCCCAAAGGCUCAAAGAACUCAGAAAAGCGGCUGCUAACCGGGUCGUCGAGAUUAUUUCUAAGGUACCUUUUUCUGUCUCGAGAUAUUUCCGUUAAUAAUUUUUAUCUUCUUCCAAAAUCGUCAAAUUAAAUCAUCAAGAUCUUUUUGGAGCUUUUCCAUUGAAAAUCUUCUUGAUUUGAUUGGAAAUUUUUUUUGAUUUGUUUUUUUGAAGAACUGCUGCAUCAAAUAUAACUUUCGGUAGUACGACGUGAACAAUUUAAGUUCAAUUUUUCAAAAUUCACUUUCUUGAACAAUUCUCCUCCUCAGGAGCAGUAUUUGGACGCCGUAGAACGUAGCACCGAUUAUUUUCUUUGCGUUUUGAUCUACGAGCCUGACAACGAAGACUGCGAUAAAAUAACAUAUCUGUGUAAGGUCAGUACACCAAACUUCAACUAUUUGGACUUAGUUGUUUUUGCAGAUUUUGGCUGUUGACUUUCCCAGCGUGAAAUUUGUCAGAACAACGAGCACACUUCUAGGAAUGAGCAAGCAGUUUGUGAGUUCUCUUCGAAGUUCAUCUACUUUUUCUUCUACGUUCACAAAUUCAGGCUGUCAGUGGGGUUCCGACGCUUCAGUUCUAUCACGACGGCGAGUUGGUCGGCAAUUUCCUCAAGAUUUCUGAUCAGCUGCGGCAUGACUUCACUGUACCUCGUUUGAUGGGAUUUUUGAAGAAGUCAGUUUCCAUUAUACAGUUUUAUCAGCAAGGGGAGAUAGGUUUUUCGUGGGAAAAUUUUUUUUCAAAGAUUUUUAUAUAUAAUUAUUUGCAGAAACCAUAUAAACCUGAAAAAAAGGGUGUCAUGUGACGGAUUCAGAAAGUGAGGAUGAACGCGAUUAACAAUUCGAUAAUUUUUUUCAUGUAUAUAAUUUUUUUGUAUGCUCAUAUUUUUUUCUUACUUAUUCCACGAUCUCAUUCUUUAUCUUACUAAUAAAUUUUUCAAAUGCUUUUUUUCCAUUUCAAUUUCGAUUUUUUUCUGUUAAAGUUCAGCACGAACUAUUUCUCCUGACUGGCUCAAAGUUGUGAAAAGUCUUUUUUAGAAUUGGGAAACUCCAAAUGGGCCUUCUGGACGAAAAAGACGUUCCGAAGUGAGUUUUCCUCAUUUUGGAAAAAUUCGUUGAUUUCCUUUCAUUUGAUAGAUGCGUCCUUUUCGUCAUGAAAGGCGACGGUGGGGAGAAAAUCAGUUUCAUGCACCCCUUCCGAAACGUCCAUGCUCCUGGUAUUCCCUUUUCGAUUGGUUCAGUUGGAAUAAAACCAUUAAGUUGUUUAAAUAACAUUUCAUACGUUAAAGAAAGAGACAUUUCCGCUUCUAAUUUUUUGCCAAAUAAUGCGAGAAAACGAGAAAAAUUUCGAGUGAUCUAGUUGCUCUAACUAUGAAUUAAAUGUUUCAAAAUUAGUUUUGGGUUUUUGAGAAUAGCUUAAGUAGAGCGGGGAACGUAUUGUGUUCAAUAUUGUGACGUUGUAUUUUUUUUUCUUGCGGCGAUGGAGUAAGUUUGAUAUUAGUAUUACAUUCAAAUUUACGACCUGGGCUCACCGAAUGAACAUGAAGUUGGCAGAAAUGGAGAAACCCGAGCUGCCGAUGGCGUCAAGUUCCCAAGGCCCUCCGCCGAGAGAAAAAUCAGCGAAACCAGUUCUGAAACGAUUGUGAGAUCCGCCCGGACUCCGAGCAAAAAUCUUGACUUUUCAGCAAUUUCAUCCCAAGCGCAAACAACGAAAGUAUUUUGAUGACUGAGUUUCGGUACGAACCGAAAUCUUGACUGAAGAUUUCAGUCUCCUCGAAGUUCAGACUUUCUACUGAAAUACUGGCCAACAUUCUGAACGUGCACCUGAAGGCGUGCAAUCAGCCGUUCGAGAUGAAGAUCGACAACGUCCGUUUCGCGGCUUUUCCUCGCAGGGUGCCCAUCUCGGCCUUUUUUUUAAAGAGUAGUAGGACUCAGGUCCGUCCUUCGGAGCACAAAUGCGGCGUCUCCCACUUUUCCAUCGUGUUCGCCUUGCCGGCCAACGUCGAGUCGCACGUCGUCGAGGCCUUCCAAAGGCUGAGCAAUAAACUCGCGCUCUCCUUCGACAUGCUCCAGCACAUCAAGGGCUUCAUCACUGAACAGGUUUUCUGAAGACGCCUCAGCGUAUAUUUUUCUGAGCAAGAACUCGAUCUUCAUUUGUCUAAUUCGAAAGUCUUCCGUUUACAGGAAGUCAUCUUGAACGACGAGGAACAAUUUCUGGGACGCGGGGAAGAUCCGUUCAGAAAGGUUUUCUUUUUCAGAUAAACUCCAUUCAAAAGGAUUUUGAAGACAUUUCAGACGGUGUAGUUUCAGCUUUCAUUGCCAUAAUUAUAUCGUCUUUUCCCUGAAUGUAGAGCAAAUGAUUUUGGUACCGUAAAAAGCUCUGGAUCAUAGAAAAGUGAAAAAAUUCAUUCAUUUAUAGCUAAUUUUGAGAAAAGAAUAUGUCAAGUUUUUUUUUUCAGUAUACCGUACCAAUUUGUUAGUGUUUUCAUCAUUUAGAGAAUACAUGAAAAGGCAUUUUUAAAAGAUUUCUCAAUUGCGAAUUCUUUCAAAAAUUAAAGUCUGGGUUUGGUUAGAAAAAAAAAUCGAUCAUUCAAAACAAUUAUUUUUCAAAGAUUCGAGAGAAAAGCGAAUUGGCCAAGAUCCUGACAGAAGUCUACGAAGAGGUCAAACGCACGGGAAAUGUCCAUGUAGGUUUUUUUCCAGAGAUCCCAAGCCUCAAAAUAGAGUUCAGAAGUACAUUGGAGACUUUAUCGAGCUUGGAUUCUGUGCGCAGUCGCAUUCGCUCUCGAGUCUGAACGUCGUUCCGAAGGGCCGUUCCGACAUUGAGAAGAUCGUCAGCCUCAUAAGGUCUUUCUCUGGGAAAAGUGGGAAGAAAGAGGUUUUGUCAGGCCUUAUCACGGCAUCCUGCUUCUCGAAGACGUUUGGCCUACUCCGGACGCCAAUCCUUCUGUUACCCUGCUUUUGAAGCACUGCAGUCCUGACCGAUCGAUUCUCGACAUGUCCACAGCUUCUGGCAUUCCUCUUCUUGAGGUUCCAAUCAACUUCUGAUUUUUCGAGUCUUUUGAAAAAAGUGGAUAAAAUUGUUUUAGAAUUGAACUGACGACUUUUUAAUUAUCUAUAAAAAAUCAACAAUCGAUUUCUACCUUUUAGGAGUUUCGUGGAUUAUAGUAUGCUUUAAAAAAAAGUUUCACGGAUUAGAAAAAAAUAUUCCUAGGAUGUUUCAAGGCGCAGAACUCAGAAUUGGAUUGAGCUAAAAUAAAACGGAAAUAGGCCUUUCUACAGACCUUCAAACAAAAAUGACUUGGCAGGUGUUUAUGAUAGUCCGUCAUCUUCUUCUGUGGACAAGGGCCGUGCUCAUCUAUCCCCUCUGCAACACGAACGUCUACACUUCGGCCACAAGUCCUCAGCCUCUGGAGAAGUCGGAUCAGAACGUUUCUUGGAACGUACUCAGAGUUUCAGGAUGAUCGACAAGUUCAGCCAGCAGUUCGGAGCUUCUUUCCACCUGGCCGCCGGCCUCACCAAAUUCAAUCCUCCGGCGACGCUUGGCUCUUUCAUUCGCCCCAACUUGCCCUUAUCUGAGCAACAGGCAUUCUGAAAGUAUCAUGUCCUAUUCUUAUUUUUUAAAGGUACGAGCAAAAGUUGUGGUCGCUCUCCUGAGGCAUCAGAUGCUCAUGCAGGUUAGUUCACGAGGAAACUUCUUCAUGAAACUCUUCCACAGCUCCACUUGUUCUGCUACAUUAUGCCACCUUUUUCGAACGCAAUUUUGCCACGCUCCGGCCGACAUUGUCCAGAAGACCUCAAGGUUAAAACUUGGCCUUCAUUUUCUUCAAAGCAAACUAUUUUAGCAAAAAAUAACUCAAAGCGAAAUCGCAGAAGAAGUGAAGCCGAUAGUCGCCGACAUUUGCGGCCAGAUGCUCGAAACCGAAAGCUUUGCCAAGGUAUCUUACUUCGUGUUCUCGCACGAACACGAAAUUGCUUUUUGACCUUCUGUUCCUCAAUUUUUGAGCAUCGAGAUUUUUCUUGUCAGGUUCGCGAAAAGCUGUGUAUGUUCAUUUCUAUGGCACCUUUCAUGAACGGGUCUCACCACGUUGAAGACAUGAAGUAUCGACUUAAUGUUGUAAGUUUUUUUCUUCAAGAUAUUAUUAAAACGUCUAUACUAUCUUUUUAAUUGAGUGUUUAGGAACGUGAAGUGAUUGAAGAAGUGAUCGACGCAUUCCAAUUGGUCAUCGCUAAAUUCUUGCGCCCUGACUUCAUUGUCGAAUGA